AUGGCAAGAGAUAUUGAACUUAUGGAAGAUUCCCUUUAUGAGCAUAAACUUCAGACAGACCCAAGGGUCCGUGUUGAUGGCCAUCCUCCACCUAUAAAAACAGUUCCGGACUAUAUGCAGAGUCAGGAGACUCCAGCUACUUCACUCAAAGACAGCCGACCGUGGCUGUUCGGUAGUACAGACCAAGCUGCGGAUACUGAAUCAAUGCAUAAAUCUUUGCAUAGUGGCAAAGUCCCUGAAGGUUCUAGUCUACUACUGAUAAGUUCCGAGCCUGAUAGGGUGACCAUAGAAGCUCAAAGACUUUUUGCAACCUCAACCUCAGUCAAUCCUGGAUCCCAGUGCCUAUCAUCUGGAAGCUUCCAACCGAUAACUCCGAGAAAAGAAAACUGAAUCACCCCAGCCAUUAUGCUUUCUUAGCCUGUUCACAGAACUACAAUCUCCCGGCGCGUUCAGUGAAGGCCAACGACGAGCUUCUCGGUGGGUUAUAGGCUCGUUAGAUGAGUUUUAAGGGAUGGUGUAUGCCCGCAAAAGUGACGAACUCUUGAUAAGGCUUAAAAAAAC